AUGGCUACAAAGAAAAGAUCGCUGCGCGUUCAGCAUCCCGCGGAAUACUAUCGGUCGAAGCGUACGCGGCUCGCCAAACAUGGCAUUGUACGAAAACGACAUGCCGACACAACUAAAGUCAAUAUGCAUGGCGUCAAGUCAAAAUGGACAAGGCACUGCGAUCACCUGUGUACCGACGCGGUUAAUCAUCUCGAAAAUGCCUCCAAAGAAGAUAUCAUGACUUUUUUGCAGUGGAUGCUGGACUCGUAUCGCAGAAUACGCAAAAGAAGCACAGUCCACGCGUACAAGAGGAUUCUUUUCCAGGUUUAUAGGAAGUCGGUUGGCAUCGAUUUCAAUAAAGAGGCCAAUGAAGAGAUUAAUGACUAUAUUAAUGGCUACCUCACGAUUCGCUAUAAUCUCGACACUUCGAUCAAUGAGAAGCCGGUUAUAGACGUCAAUGAUGUUUACUUAGUGCAAUAUCAUCACUGGGUUCAUGAUACUUCCGUGUUCCCUGACGAACGCCAAAGAAUACAACUUGCACUCCUGAUCCUUCUACAGGCAUAUACGGUAACACGUUCGAGGGCGGUGUCAGGCAAUGACGGAAAGGUCCGAACAUUCGACACUGAGGCGCUGCGUUAUCAUACCUACCUGUACUACCUGCAGAGGUUGGGGCUUGUCACAGGAUUCAUGCAAAUCUUAAAUCCAUAUUACAUUCGCCGAGGCUCUGGAGAAGGUAUUAAAGCCGUUGCCACGCAGGCUCAACUUCAGCAGGUUAUGUGUCAUAUAAACGCAGCCACUUACCAGGCGUACAUAAACCAGCGUGUCCAAUGUGACACUGUCGCGGCCUUCCUUGGGAGUCCCUUAAACAAGGCUUUGCUAAAAGCAGCCGGGUAUAUGAGCCGCUAUAUUAAUCCACGAGCCCCAACUAAUGCUAGCUAUCUGGAGCUUAAAAACAUUAAAACGGACCCAACGCUAGUUAAACUUAUCGAACUUCGGGAUACACUAAGCUAA